CUUGAACACAACUGUACAGUGCCUACAUGACCUAGUCAUCCGGUCCAGUGUAUACUGCGAUCACGCAUAUCACUUAUUUGUGCCAACCGGACUCAAUGUAGCCCAGCCCGAAAGGAGACAGACAGCCCAGUCCGCACGGCAUCAUGUACAGCACACCAUCAUCGCGGCCGCUAUCCUACGCGCCUACGCCGUACAGCUACACACCGACCAACACACUCUCAGCACGGAUCAACCUCGACGAAGAAGUCAAGCUCGCCGACACGGCGGCCGAGCGGGACCUGGCGGACUCGCUCGCCGAGAUCUACAGCAUUAUCCGAACGAUUGACGGAUUGGAGAAAGCUUACAUCAAAGAUGCAUUGCCAGAAAACGAGUAUUCCGACAUGUGCUCCAAGAUGCUGAAACAAUACCGAUCCAUCUUGAACGACGAGACGGUUGCUCGCGAGUUCGUCGACCUGGACACGUUUACGCGGAAAUGGGACAUUGAAUGUCCACGAGCGAAAGAGAGAUUAAGAGUCGGGCUGACGGCAGACGAGGUGCUUACCGUCCAAAAGGCCGCUCCUGGCUCGACGGCGGCGCCCGCAGGCACGGCGUCGGGCAGUUUGAUUCUGGCUGCGACGGAGAAUUUCAUCACAUUCCUCGACGCUCUGCGGCUGAACAUGGUCUCCAAGAGCGCGUUGCAUCCUCUGUUGUCGGAUGUCAUCCAGUCCGUCAACAAAGUCACCGACCAGGACUUUGAGCACCGUGGCAAGAUCAUUCAGUGGCUCAUCACGCUGAACCAGAUGAAGACCUCGGAAGAAUUGAGUGAAGAUCAAGCGCGCGACCUCGCUUUCGAUAUGGAGCAGGCUUAUAAUGGCUUCAAGUCCAUCAUUCACUGAACUGGUCGACCGGGGGACGCUGUCGCAGCCCUGGUUGAGUCACCCGUACUCUGAACACAUAACUAGCAUGACCGCCAGCAAGUGUCUAUCAACGCUCCAGCAGCUGACACGGCCGCCUUGGGGUUGCUCCCGACGAUGAUUGAGCUCCAGCUGAAGCGCAGGCCACGAUCAUGAGUCAUGUACGGCCACCACUAUUGCUGCUGCUGCUGCUGCUAUGCUUUUCGGCUUCCAGGUUGUCUCGGGAGCGAGAGAAAGUUGCUCAGAAGCACUGUUCUGUCGUCCGUCUUGGGCAAACUCCAUAAAGGCCAUGGAACGGACUCUACUUCCCGGUUUCUAUGGUCGACCACAAUCACAUCGUACCGAGGACCAGCCAUGCAGCGCUCUGUAUCUAGUAGCGGCUGUCACUGUCGAACACCUCUCCUCUGCUCACACCAUGAUUCAUGCGGCACUACGUGCAAUCGAUUGCAGGUGAUUGUACUAAGAUUACACACCUGCAGUGCCAGUGCGCUACCACUGCACCACAGCGAAAAUUAUAAAGAUACCACUACUACCUACUACUAUUGCCAUCCAUCAUGAGCGAAACCUGUCCGAAGUGGUAGAGCUUCAACAUUGCAAAUGGUACUCAACGAUGGCCGUGACUCUCUGAGAUGGGAUGCACUCAUCAGAAAUCGGGAUAUUCCAAACUACUGUCUUUAUUUGGAUGCUUGUCGGGCAGGGACUAAAGGGCGAAACGUUGUGGUCGUGGCUGUGACCAGGGCGUGUAUAACUCGAGGUCACUGCAUGCCCUACUACCGGACAUGUUACGCUGCGUGAGUGGCACAGGCCAGACGAGGACCAAGCACGACCACUGUACACGACCUCGUCAUCCCAUCUGGCGCAAGCUAGGGCGCCCCGGGAUGACCAGGAGUAGUAUCCCGUAUUCCUUUGUGCGUUGUGCGACGUUGCAGCUUGAUGAUGAAACGGAAACACAGAAAAAAGGCGACCAUGGCCGAGCAUAAAUAUAUAUUGAACGUUAAAACCGGCCUCGUAAAUGUCUUCAUGCUGCUUGAUAUCGAUUAAAUAUCCGAGCCCUGAAAUGAAUUGCUCUCUGUGUCUCCCAUAAUCGUGAUAUGGCUGCAGCCACAUCCCAUCCCUCCCAGCUGCGACCUCAAUCAUAUACAUGGUAUAUCGCCACAUUUCCAGACAUCCCGCAAUACAGAUUUCAGCCCUGUCUUCGUCCCGAAGGUCAAAAGGGAAGACAUUAGGACGAGCCUAAUCGCAGACAAGAAAUUCAACUAACCCAUUAGUUACCACCACCAC